AUGGCUGGUGAAGCCGGCAAGGCCCGAACUGUUUUGCUGGCCACAGAGAAGGCAUUUGCCGCCGCCGCCGUCGAGAAGAUAGAGAGUGUAGUCAAGGAGGCCAACUACACGCUGAAAAAAUUGGAGAACUACAAAAGCAAGGAUGACCUGCUUGCAGCGGUGGCUGACGUUGAUGCCAUGAUCAUCCGAAGUGAUAUUGUGGAUCAGGCUGUUCUGGACAAGGCCGGGAAGCUCAAGAUCGUUGUUCGUGCCGGCGCUGGCUACGACAAUAUUGACCUCAAGGCUUGCGAGGCCAAGAGCAUCACGGCUAUGAACACUCCUGGCCAGAAUGCGAAUGCGGUGGCUGAGCUUGUGUUUGGCAUGAUGAUUGUCAGUGCCCGAAACAAUUUUGAUGGCACCAGCGGCUUCGAGCUUGUCAAUCGUGAAAUUGCCUUCUACGGCUUCGGAGCAGUUGCCCGUGCAGUGCACAAGCUGGCCCAGGGUUUCGGCAUGAAAAGCUUCGCCUACGACCCCUAUAUCCCUGCAGACAAGAUCAAGGAAAUGGGAGCCGAGCCGGUGUCUUCUGUGGCCGGGCUUUUUGAGCACCAGUACGUGUCUUUGCAUGUGCCACUGACGGAUGAGACCAAAGCAUCCAUUAAUAAGGAGCUGCUCAUGAAAAUGCCGAAGGGCGGCUCUCUUAUCAACACUGCGCGCACGGAGGUGGUUCACGAGGCUGACAUGAUCGAGGUCCUCAAGACAAGGCCAGAUUUCUGCUAUCUGUGCGACGUGGCACCCAAAGACAUCGAACCCUACAAGGCUGCUGUUGGUGACAAGUACGGAAAGCGCCUCAUCUUCACCAAGAAGAAGAUGGGAGCCCAAACCGCAGAGGCCAAUGACAACGCCGGCGUGGCUGCGGCGAAUCAAAUUGUGGGCUUUUUCGAGAAAGGUGAAACCCGCUUCUCUUUGAAGGGGCCGGAGGCCCAGCAGAUCGAAGAUGUGCAGAUGGGAACGAAAGACGGACUGUUGAUUGUCCACUUUCGUGCGCAUCGCCCAGGCCAUUCCAACACUGCAGGAGGCUGUGAACCAGUCGAGCACUUCUCCUACCAGGCGGGCACCAACAAAAACCAAGCCGCCCACCCUGACAUUCAGACUGAGAUCAGCUUCGUGCAGAGCAGCUGGUCCGAGAGGGCCUUCCCAUGCUUGGAGCUGAAAUGCCGCCUAGGCCAGGGCGGGGAGCCUCGCAGAAGUUCAGGAGGUGAGAGUUUGUUUGCCAAUGCGGGUCCGGACAUUUCAGAGAUCCGACUUUUUCGGCUCCAGUUCCAGCGAAGUAAGAAGUGCGUCGACCAAGCAUUGGACCUCAACAACAUCCGAAGCGUGCUGCAGAGGAUGGAGGAUUCGAUCAUCUUCAGCUUGAUUGAACGAUCACAGUAUCGAGUGAACAACGCUGUUUAUGAGCCUGACUACAAGCCCUUGGGAAAGUUCAAGCUUCAUCAACUCAAGUCUUCUGGCUCGAAUGGAUGCCUGGGUGACUGGUUCAUCUACCAGACGGAGUGCCUACACUCACAAGUGAAGAGGUACGAGCACCCAACAGAGUUUUCAUUCUUCAGUCCAUUGCCAGAGCCUAGCCUGGGCCAGACAGGCAGCGGAACCAGCAGCGGAGCAAGCGAAGAAGAGACAGUCUUGGCCCCCGUCCCACCGGAGGCGGUGGUGAACGGGAAGUUGCUGGAGAUCUACAGAACGAAGAUGGUCCCUUCGCUGUGUGAGGAAGGUGACGACGGUAACUACGGCUCCACCGCUGUGCAAGACGUGCAUGUGCUGCAAACGAUUUCCACAAGGAUCUACUACGGGCUGUUUGUGGCGGAAUCCAAGUUCCGCAGUGAGCGCAAGAAAGCCACCGAGCUGAUCAAGGCUCGUGAUGAAGAUGGUCUGAUGGCCUUUAUCACAAAACCCGAAGUGGAGAAGCGGAAUGUCCAGCGCGUCAUCCUCAAGGCCAAGGCCUUCUCAAAGAACAUUGAUGGGCAGGAGGGCGCCGGUGGUGAGAAUACGACGUACAAAGUCAACCCGGAGUAUGUUGGCACAGUCUUCGAGGACUACAUCAUGCCGUUGACAAAGGAGGUCGAGGUUGCCUACCUGCUUGCGAGACUGGAUCAGACAGAACGGCCGGGCCCAGAGCAGGCCACAGCAAAUGACAGAGUCUACUGCGUGGUUCGGGACCGCAAGCGGUUCGGGAAAGUUAAAGAAGACAUUGCAGGAUACACUGUGUGCUCCUUCGCAUAUGCUCUCAGUUCCUGGCUGUGGUUGUUUCAUAAGUUCGAAAGCGCCUGGUCAAAGGAGGACUUUAACGCGAAGGAGGUCAGCAUAAUUUGGUCGCAGGCACAGACCUGGCAGGAGAUUUCCUCCAGGAAGCUGCUGCGUUUGCGCUUCAGUUCCGGGGCAGAGGUUGCGGAGCCGGGAUCCAGGAUUUGUUCAGCGACUCAUGCCAUCAGGAAUUGCUGCUUCUUUGCUGUUCCCUGGCUGGAGUUCUUCGGGUAUGGGUCAUAUCUUUGGAAUAUCAUGUGGCUGCUUGACCUGGCAAGAUUUACAUUGCAGCCGCUAGCGCCAGAGAAAUUGCUGGGAAUCCCUUUGAUCGCGUUGUAUCACACCAUUACCUGGCUGCUAGCUGCACUGGUUGCCUUCGACGCAGAUGGCUCUCGACUGCUUACCUCCGUGUGCCGCGAGGCCCGAAUUGUCAUGAUGCCAUGUAUUCUCCGGCGUCAGACAAUGGAAGGAGAUUUGCCUUGGUUCCAGAUUGUUGGGUUUGCAGUGAUUGGAGUCGCGUUUGCGAUUAUGGCCUUCCGCUAUGUGACUGCUGGGCAGCUGUUGGGAACAGCCGCACGGCGCUCCCAAGAAGGUCAGAACUUGUUGCAGGCAGUCAGGCGGUAUUUACGUAAGCAGUGGCUCCACUUUGCGAGCUUGGUCAUGUGCAGCAUCCUCAUUCUCAUCGACACCACUCGGGAUUGCAAAGAAGAUUCCAUCAGCUAUCUCACGUCCGUCGUUUUUGCAGGACUGGGUCUUUUCUUGGGCCUGGAUCGCUUGGUCGCCUUGUGGAGACAAGAAGAGCCGAGCCCUUUGAGGGAAUCUCUUGCAACCGAGAGCACGGAGAUGGCAUCCCCAAGCCGGCUGACCAUGCGCCACCAUUCCAGCACCAGCUCACGCAUUCAUCACACAAUGAGCGGUUCAAUCCAGGGGGCCGAAGGUUAUAGGCUCCUGGACUUCUCAGGGUUGCUGGAGCAGCUGAUACAGUAUUUACGUGAUGAGGAGCUUCAAUUAGGACAGCAGCUGCGGCUCUUAGGCCAGGGAUUGGACCUGAAGCAGGCAGCAGAAGCGCAGACUGCGAUCCUGCGUUCUUCAGCGUGUCUCGAUGACAACCCCGAAAUGCAGUGGGAUUGGACCAUUACUGGAAGCUCCGACACUACCCUCACCGUGAUUGCCCCGCGCUCCUUUGCAUAUUUACGUCGGCUUUGUUCGCUGGAUGGGCAGAAGCUUCUGGCAGAGCUCUUGCGCACCAAUGUUAGUGAUCUUCGCAGGGCUGCCAAAAGUGGCUGCUCCCUGCUGCUGUCGGCAGACAGCACUACCUUCGUCUUGAAGACGAUCUCGCGAUCCGAAGUUAAACAGCUGCGGGCCAUGCUUGGGCCAUACCGCAAACACUUGGAACAGAAUGCAAACUCCAUGUUGUGUCGGAUCUAUGGCUGCUUCAGCUUCAAGAACUCCUUGGGCUACUUUCUUCAUGCAGUUCUCAUGGACUGCCUGACUGGCUUACCUGCAAGUAUAUCGGACCGUCAUCCAGAAGUUGCGGAAGCUUGUGCACCGUGCGUUUUCGACAUCAAGUCUGAGUUUCAGGACGGUGGUUUCCGCAGCAGCUUCCCCUCGGGUUUUCCAUGCUCUGGCAGCACUUGGCAGCACACCUUCGAAGAGGAUUUGUCAUUUCUUGCCUCGUUGGGUCUUGUCGACUAUUCUGUGCUGCUUUCCGUUUGGCAGCUUCCGGAUGAGCUUGGCAAUGAUCUGGCAAACACAAGCCUGCCCAACGGCAUGAACCUGCAGCGGGAGAAGUCCACUGGGAUGGGGAUCAUUGAUUUCUUGGUUCACUGGGACGUGCGGAAGCGCACAGAGAGUGCUUUGAAACGCACGUGCCUUCAUCCCAGGCACACCGAGCGUGUCACAAUCAUGGACCCAGACAUGCUGCGGCCUUUGCCAGCAGCACCUUUCUGUGCAAAGCACGUGACUGUGCUGUUGGCACGUUUUGAUUGCUUGGAUGGAUGCGCCGCAGACGUGCUUAGCUUGGCAGGAGUUAUGAGGCCACCGUACACCACGGCUGUCCAGCAGCUUCGUGGUAUUUGUGACCUCGACCUAACUACACUGCAGGCCCGCCGACUUCUGGCACUUCUGGCAAGGAGCGGUGGCCGUCACGGGCUGGUCAGACCCUUGGCCACCACUGGUGCCUGUGGCUCGCGGACUGGCUCGAUGCCACCGCCAAAUCGACAGUGGGUGCCGUCUCGCACAGGCUCACAAGCACCGACACCGUCAGAUCGCCGCUCCCUCUCGCCCAUGGGCUAUGCGUCUGGCCACUCUGGCCCAGUCCAAAUGACGCGCGGCGAGAGACGAACGCGUUCACGAGAACCGCCGAGCCUUGCGUGGAGCCCACAGCCUGAUGGGCUGGGAGGUGUGUGUUCCGUCAGAGGCACACCAUCGGCUCCAUGCAGAUCUGUCCAAAUGAGGUUUUAG